UUGUGCAAGUGAGGUCUGAUUGGAUACUCUGCAAACUGCAGGAACAUAAAAGAGGAAAUAGCGGUUACUGCUGCUACUUUAUCAAAGGCAUUCAGCAAAGGAACUUGGUCUCAUAGACAGGAUUCUCCGGCUUUCCAAAGAGAAAAUGGUGAAUUAUAAAGUGACUGUGUCCACUGCCAAGCGUGUCAGUGCCACCACUUUUAACAAUGUCUUCAUUAAGCUGGUGGGCACGGAUGGUGAGAGUGAUCGCGAGUGGCUCAUCAGCUUCAAAGGGGCUACAGCCUUCGUGAUAGGAGCAGUGUCUACUUUCAACGUGUCCUGCCCCGUCUCCAUCGGAAAGCUGGUUCUGGUAGAAAUAGACAAACAGCCACUCCCACUGUUCCCAGAAGACUCCUGGUUUUCUGCCAAGGUGGAAGUGGAAUCACCUGAGGGAGACACUUAUACCUUUCCUAUCUACCGCUGGAUCACUGACAGCAAUGUGCACCGCUUCAGAGAGGCAACAGCUCUGAGAGUCUUUGACGACACACAUCAUCUUGGCCAAUACAGUCGAGACCAGGAGCUGAAGCAGCGAGCGGAAGACUAUUGCUGGGAUGUAUAUGCAGAGGGAAUACCCCACAAAAUAAAGACAAAGGAUGGCCCUUCUUCUCUACCCCCUGAGGUCCGCUUCUCCUUCACCAAGAAAAUGGAAUUUCGCUUUAAUUCUGUGACAGCGCUGACUGAGCUGCAACUGAAGGGGCUGGAGGAUUGCAAGGAGAACUGGACUGACAUUGAUGGCAUUAAUCGGGUGUUCUGCUGCAAACAGACUGAGAUAUCAGACUAUGUCCAGGAACAUUGGAAGGAGGAUGCUUUUUUCGGCUACCAAUUCUUAAACGGUGUCAACCCCAUGCUGAUCCGACGUUGUACAGCCCUGCCCGAGAACUUCCCUGUCACUGAUGACAUGGUCCAGUUUAGCUUGGAGAACGAAAUGAAGAAAGGCAACAUAUUCCUCUGUGACUACAAGCGUUUGGAUGGAGUGGAAACAAACGUUGUCAAUGAUAAGAAGCAGUACUUGAUGGCUCCCCUUGUCCUUUUGCACAAAACACCUGAUGAUAAGCUAAUGCCAAUUGCUAUUCAGCUGAAGCAGACUCCAGCCGACGACAAUCCCAUCUUUCUUCCUACUGAUUCAGAGUACGACUGGUUGAUGGCCAAGAUUUUUGUGAGAAGCGCCGAUUUUAACGAGCAUCAGCUCAAUGUUCACCUGCUACGCACUCAUCUGCUGGCUGAAGUCUUUGCAGUGUCACUACUGUGCAAUGUGCCCAUGGUGCAUCCACUGUACAAGCUCCUCAUACCUCACACUCGCUACACUCUGCAGAUCAACAACUUAGCUCGACUUCUUCUAAUAUCUGAGACAGGUUCUUUCACAAAGUAUGCAGCGUCUGGUGGAGAGGGUGUGAUCACAAUCCUGAAGAAAUCACUGUCCACCAUGACCUACAGCUCCCUCUGUAUACCAGAAGACAUCGCUGCACGUGGGGUGGAGGCUGUUCCGAAUUUCUACUACAGAGAUGAUGGACUCAGGCUUUGGGAUAUCAUCCACAGCUUUGUGCAGAAAGUGCUCAGCUACUACUACAAGAAUGACGAUGAGGUCCAACGAGACACUGAACUGCAGAAGUGGAUUUUGGACAUUUUUGAACAUGGAUUCCUUUCCCAAGCAGGCACAGGAAUUCCAGAAAGGCUUUCCACCGUGGAUGAGUUGGUCAAGUAUGUCACCAUGGUGAUCUUCACCUGCUCAGCACAGCACGCUGCAGUGAAUACUGGACAGUUUGACUAUGGUGCCUGGAUGCCCAACACUCCCACCUCCCUACAACUCCCUCCACCAACCACAAAGGGCACCACAAGUGAGGCCACGAUGCUGAACACAUUACCUGCCGUCAACACAACAGUUAACGGAAUGGCUACCAUGUGGCUACUCAGCCAGCAGUCCUCUGACUUUGUCGCUCUCGGUGAUUACCCGGAGGAACAUUUCAAUGAGGAAGUCCCCUGCAAGGCGAUAAAGGAUUUUCAACAUGAGCUUGAAAUGUUAAGUGCAGCAAUCAAAAAAAGAAAUACGAGCCUGGAAGUCCCGUACACAUACAUGGAUCCAACUGAGGUGGAAAACAGUGUGGCCAUUUGAAUUUCAGAGGAUGAGACCUUCUCAGCUGCCAAAUUCAGCUUCAUAUUAAGAGAAUGGAAAGAAUUACAUGGUGAUAUCAUAGUGUAAAGAAACAGAUCUGUGAUUUUAAACAGCCUACUUGAUUUAACUGUGAUGAAAAUUAAACGUUUUAAAUCACAAUCUGCAUCGUCCGUGAAUUUGCAUGGCAAAGGAUUACAAAUGUAAAAUACAAAAUACAAAUACAAAAGGUUUACACAUGUAUCUUUCACAACCAAAAUGUGACAAUUUUUUUUCUCUGACAAUUAUACAGUAUGCGUUUCAUAGCAGCUUUGCAUUAAUAAACUGAGCCACAGCUUGAUCUGUAUGUGAGCCUGCUCUGUGCCAGUGCACAGCAGUAUCUUAUAUUUUAUGAGAGACCAAUAUUUGUACUGAUUUCUUGUUUUUAUUUUCUUGGCACGUCACUGAUGACGACACAUUCAAUCAUGCAUUUGUCAGUGGACUUCAUGUACUUGAUUUAGGGCAUGUAAAUGAUUUGUUAUUUAUUACCCACUGCAAAUCAUAUCAUUCAUAAUAAAUAAAUAUGACUUGAGUGUAAA